AUGGUAAUCGCUCGACUAGAGAAGCAAGAUAUCGAACAAAUAUCGGACCUUCUCUACAAUCCACCCGAAUCCAAGCCAUACCAAGCUAUUAAAGAACGUCUCAUCACUGCAUACGAAGAGUCAGACAACCGGCAAUUUCAAAAGCUCUUGUCAGAAAUGGAACUAGGGGAUCAAAAACCAUCACACCUACUACGACGAAUGCGCGAUCUCGCCCGCGAUAGAAUCCCUGAUGCCACGCUACGCAUCCUGUGGACCAACCACCUACCACCACACAUCCGCUCUGUUCUAGCUGUGAGCGAUUCCUUCAGCACGAAGACUGCGUUGGAAGAACUCGCACUGCUCGCUGACAAGAUGCUAGAACAACACCGCGAAGUCGCCGCUGUCAGCACAACACUACCACCUCCUACGUCCGCGUCUCAGAAUAUUGAUACAAACUUCUUAAUAAACGAAAUAAGAAAACUCUCCAUAGAAAUCGCACAAUUAAAAUCAAGACAACCGCAACAUAAUUUCAGAAGAAACCGUUCUCGAAGCCGCUCCUACAACCCUCGAUAUAAAUCUCGAUCAAGAGACAACACACCAUCGAAAGCAGUCGGAAAACUAGAGAGAACGCUGGCAGAGGCGGAAUCCGGCGCUCAAGAAUACUCCUACCGCCUAUUUGUCACAGACAAGAAAACCGGAAUAUCUUUCUUGGUAGACACGGGAGCUAACAUAUCCGUUCUACCUAGAAAAAAAACUCACUUCACUACACCGCUGCCAUUCAAACUGUACGCCGCUAACAACACCACUAUAUCGACAUACGGUGAAAAAACACUAGAACUAGACCUCAGCCUUCGCCGUCCAUACAAGUGGAAGUUCAUAGUCGCUGACGUGUCAAAGCCGAUACUAGGAGCCGAUUUUCUAAAACAUCAUCAACUCAUCGUCGAUCUAAAAAACAAGAAACUUAUCGAUAACGUUACUAACUUAACAGUCAAAGCACCCGUUCGAGCUACAACUAUACCUACAGUACGAAGCAUAGACAGCAAUAAUAUUUACCACGAUAUCCUCUCAGAAUUCCCGGGCAUAACAAGACUGACUGCAAUGAACAUAAACGACAGCAAGAUCAACGUCCAACACUAUAUCGAAACCGAAGGACCACCCGUACAUUGUCGUGCACGUCCUAUACCACCGCAUCGCUACGAACAAGUCAGGAAAGAAUUUCAAAACAUGAUGGAACAAGGUUUAUGUCGCCCCAGCAAGAGUCCAUGGGCGUCACCCCUUCACGUCGUACCGAAAAAGAACGGAGACAUACGCGUCUGUGGUGACUAUCGCCGUCUAAACGCUAUCACCAAGGCCGAUCGAUAUCCCGUACCAAGCGUCAAGGACUUCACUUAUCAACUCGCUGGGAAGACAAUAUUUUCAACAAUAGACCUCAACAGAGCAUAUCAACAACUCUGCGUUCGCGAAGAGGAUAUUGAAAAGACUGCUAUAAUAACGCCAAUGGGACUAUUCGAAUUCCCGAGAAUGUGUCCAGGUUUAAAAAACGCAGGGCAGACAUUCCAGCGAUUCAUACAUCAAGUAUUAAGCGGACUGCCUUACGUAUUUCCUUUCAUCGACGACGUACUUCUUGCAUCUGAAAACGAAGAUCUUCACCGAGAACACCUCAGAACCGUGCUACGAAGACUUGAAGAACACGGCAUCACAAUAAAUCCAUCGAAAUGUCACUUCGGUCAAACAGAAGUUCAAUUCUUAGGAUACCACGUUUCAAAAGACGGUAUCAAACCUCCAGCACAGAAGAUCGACAUCAUCAUGAAGUAUCCGAAGCCUACGAACAUCGAAGAGUUACGUCGUUUCCUCGGUAUGUUAAAUUUUUAUCGCGACCACAUACCUAACGCCGCAUCUAUUCAAGCGCCACUCAAUGCAUACCUACACAACGUUAAGAAGCGAGACAAGACUAUCAUACAAUGGACCGAAGAGUCAACACAAGCAUUCGAAGCAUGCAAAAACAGCAUUAGCAACGCUGCUUUGCUUGCUCAUCCGUCACAUCAAGCUACGUAUGCGUUAUUCUGCGACGCAUCCGACAAGUCAGCUGGCGCCGUCCUACAACAAUACGUAAACAAAUCAUGGCAACCUCUCGGUUAUUAUUCGAAAAAAUUCUCCGAUGCGCAAUCAAGAUACUCAACAUACGAUAGAGAACUUCAAGCAAUAUACAUGGCUGUGAAACACUUCCGCAAGAUGUUCGAAGGACGACCACUCAUCAUAUUCACCGAUCACAAGCCACUCACAUUCGCAAUGAAUAAGGUUAAUUCGACUACAGAAACACCGAGACAACGUUUUCAACAUAUUCACGUCGAUAUCGUAGGACCUUUACCGACUACAACGCAAGGUUACCGCUAUCUCAUAACAAUGAUCGACAGAGAAACCAAAUGGCCCGAAGCGAUACCUACCGACGAUAUAACAGCUGAAACCGUCGCCGAAGCUAUCUACAAACACUGGAUAGUAAGAUUCGGAUGUCCCUCAACACUAACUAGCGACCAAGGCCGUCAAUUCGAAAGUCAACUAUUUAAUAACUUAAUGAAAAUUAUGGGAAUAACAAAAAAUCGUACAACUCCGUAUCAUCCGCAUAGCAACGGUAUAGUCGAACGCUGGCAUCGCACAUUAAAAGCCGCGCUACGCACGAAACUCUCAAGUACAAGGUCAUGGAUCGACGAGCUACCUACCGUACUACUCGGAUUACGAGCCACCCUACGCACAGACGCCGAAGUUAGCCCAGCCGAACUUACAUACGGCUAUAACCUACGUCUACCGGGUGAUUUUUUCACUACAUCGAUACCUACAACUACGGACGACUAUACUUACGUAAACAAGAUAAGAAAGGCAAUAGAACAAAAUAGACCGCAAGCAGCGACGACGCAUCAUAAUAGCAAGCAAUCUAUUUUUAUACAUAAAGACCUACGCAACUGCAGCCACGUAUUCGUUAGAGUCGACGCAAUCAAAAAACCUUUACAACCACCCUAUGAAGGACCGUAUCGUGUAAUAAAAAGAACAGAAAAAGUAUACACGAUACAACUACAAAAUCGCGAAACUAACAUAUCAAUAGAUCGUCUCAAGCCCGCUUAUUUAUUACAAGAAAACAUACCUAACGAUACGUCACUACAAAAUAGUACCUCGCCACAGAAUACUUCCGACAAGCCGCACGGCAGCGUGACGUCACAACCGACUGCGAAUAAUAAUAAAGUCACAACGCGAGCCGGCCGCUCCGUCAAGCUUCCACACAGCACACCAUGCAAGCGGAUGCACCAGCAAUCACAUGCACAGAUCUUCACAGAAGUCUUCAAGCUAACUUGCACGUAUUCUUCAUGUACAUCUUCACGAAGCACAAUCACGCCGCCGCCGAGUGAAGUACACGCCAGAGAUCCGUUCGCCGCGCCGAUCGCCGCUGAAAAGGGCGAGACGCGGGAACGUUUUACAUUAAAUUCCACUGCCGCCCAGGAGGAAACCUGGGCAACAGUAGUUAGGAAAGGAAAGGGCAAGGGGAAGGGAAAGUCCUCCACCCCUGCCCCUGCACCUGCGACGAAGUCAGCCGCCAAGCCGACCACUGCAUCGUCUGCAAAGCAGGCCGCCAAGUCGACCGCGAAGACGUCCGCGAAGUCAACCGCCAUGCCGUCCGGAAAGCCGGCUGCGAAAGCGACUUACAAGCCGAAGUUAAAGACGCCGAAGACCGCGGCAGUCGUUCUUCAGCUGCAGCCGGAGGCCGUGGAAAGGGGGCUGACGUACAGCUCCGUCCUCCGGACGGCCCAGGAAAAAGUCGACCUCCAAGAGCUGGGUAUCGACCAAAUCCGUUCCCGGCAGACGGCCACGGGGGCGAGAAUGCUGGAGAUCUCCGGCUCUGAAAGGAAUGCGAAGGCGGACAGGCUUGCGGAAUCGCUUCGUGGAGCCCUAUCUGGGGUGGUGAAUAUCGUCAGGCCCGUCAAAUCUGCGGAGGUGCGGAUUUCGGGCCUGGACUAG